UGUUUUCUGCGGCGAAUGAUUUCUCCAUUGCGGCUGAAAAAUUGGCCAAGGAAGAGAGUUCAGGCAAGUGUUGUAGAAAUGGAAUCCCAGCUAUUGAGAGCCAACAAUGUGCUCGGAAAAGUAACGACCCUGGAAUUUCAGCAAGUUAGAUCGGCAUGGCCCUUCAACGAUUUGGCCAAUUCUCUCUUUAAAGAAAAUGUUCGGUUAAGCAGAAAUGCUUUUAAUGUGUUGGUGCAAUCGUUGCCUGGUCUUGCGAAGGACACAAACUGGAGAUUGUCUAUUCCUUUAGAAAAAAGGAUAGCAAUAUCUCUUUUUACGAUGGGCUCAUCUGCUGAGUUCCGAAUAGUUGAAAGGCUGUUUGGUGUUUCACCAUCAACAAUUUGCGGAAUACUGCAUGAAUUUUGCAAUGAGGCUUGGCGGAAGUUGGCACCAAAGUACCUUCCUGCAGCCUUCUUAGCCCAGGAGAAUGUUGAGAAUAACGUGGCAGGUUUCCAUGCUCUUGGAUUUCCUCACCGCUUUGGAGCCAUAGAUAGAUGCCAUAUAGAAAUAAGUCCUCCCAAAAAUUACGCUGUCGAUUUUUAUAACUACAUGGAAUUGUACUCUGUAAUUCUUUUGGCUUUAGUAGACCAUAGAUACCAGUUUAGAUAUGUAUGGAGAUGUUGGUGCUCCAGGCAGGUGUAACGAUUCUCAAGUGUACGAGCCAUCCGAUCUAAAGGCACUCAUUAAUGGAUCGAACAUCUUUGAAUCUAAUGCCAAAGAAUCGGACCCGCGGGAUAUCGGAAACAUGUCGAUCAUGCUGCUCGUCUCCUCUAUCACGCGCGCAUAUUUUGAGAGAUUUCACCAUCAACGAUGGAAAUGUACUUGGCCUGCGAACAAUCAGUAAUGUGAGCCGACGCCAAGGAUAUGAAUAGACAAAGUAUGGGUCCAAACCUGUGGGAUUAAACUUUAGCUAUUUUUUUGCUCAUAAAGAAGUUUCCACCACCACCGAAAUAAACUUAAAAAAACCUAUGCCAAUGGCUAUGAACCUUAUAGUUAUGAUAGUAAUGAAUUAUGCCAAGUGGCUUAAAGGUGUAAUAAAAAA